AUGUCUGAUGGGGCCUCUGUAGGGAAAUUGGAUCAGUUACCGGCUGAAAUGCUCGAGUUCACGCUCCUCAAGACGUCAGGCUCGCUUGCACCACGACUCGGCCGCCUGUCGUUCCCCGGACGCAAGAGCAUUCUUACACCCGCCUUCAUUGGCAACACGUCACGGGGCGUCAUCCCUCAUGUGUCGCAAGACAACUUCCGGAGCAGCGCCGGUGUUGGUGGAGUAUAUGUCGCGCUCGAGGACUUCAUUGAGAAGCAUCUACACAAGACUCCCCCGAUCUUGAAGUAUGACGUCCCGGAGCCUUUGCGCAGGUUCAUCACCCUCCCCGACGACACGCUCUUGGUCCUAGGGGCGCGUCGCAACCCACCCAUCCCGAGCCCUCACUCGAACUCCAACACGGAGAUACGCAUCUUGACGUCGGUCGGCUUCACGACUGUCAGCUCCGAAUAUUAUGCUGCUGCAGCACGGAAGCUGCAGCCAGACAUCGUGGUCGGGCUGGGGGACAUAGCAUGCGGGCAAGAGGCCAUCAGUUUGAAGCGGAAAGACAAGAUGAGCGACAGGACCGAGGUAUGGCUGCGCGACAUUGUGGCCAAACAGGGUACUAUUGAGAAGGGAGAGAAGGCAUGGAGCAUAUUCGCGCCCAUACUGCCCAUCGAGCGCGAUUUACAAUCAUGGUAUCUCGAGCACUUGUUGGAUGACAUGGUGGACAAGAUCAGCGGCCUUGCCAUAUACGACGCAUAUCUGCUCCAUGACCUGCCCGAUCAGCUUCACCACCUUCCACGGCUAUCUUUCCACGUCCCUGCAAGCCCACAUGAGCUUCUGCGCCAUGUCAGCUUAGGCGUCGACGUCUUCACCGUGCCCUUCCUCGCAGACGCGACCGAUGCAGGCAUCGUCCUCGACUUCACCUUCCCACCGCCCGCCCGAGAUACAAACACAAGCGCGCGCCACUCCCUGGGCAUCGACAUAUGGAGCGGCGACCAUGCCCUGUCUGUCACCCCAUUAUCUCAAGGCUGCAAAUGCUACGCCUGCACCAACCAUCACCGUGCCUUUCUUCAGCAUUUGCUUGCUGCCAAGGAGAUGCUUGGUUGGGUGCUUAUCCAGCUGCACAACCACGCCAUGCUCUCUGCCUUCUUCGCCGGUAUUCGCUCUUCCAUCGAAGCCGGCACCUUCGACGCCGACGCCGCUGCUUUUGAAGCCUACUAUGAGCCUACCCUCCCCGAGAAGACCGGCCAAGGACCGCGCGUCAGAGGAUACCAAUUCAAGAGCGAAUCGCAUGACCCCAAUAGGGUGAAGAAGAACCCUAGAGCUUUCAAGAAAUACAGCGAGGAUGAUAUCCUGAGGUUGAAGGCAGCUCACGGACAACAACCAAAUGAUAAACCUGCAAUGCGGGACGUGAUUGAUGAUGAGGCCCUAUUGGGCUUGGUGGAGAUGGAACAGUCCCCAGUCGACGCAGACCCGGCUGUGCAAUUGAAUGGCUUGAGAUUGGAAGACGACAAGAGAGGCUAG